AUGGAUAAAAAUGUUGAAUCUCUUUUUACGUCAGAUUUUUGGAGAUAAGUGAAUCAAUAAUAUUUUAUGGUCGAAACACCAAUCUCGUUGAAUGUUUAAAAAAAAUUAUACAAAAAAUGUAGGUGUUAAUGUUAGUUUUAGCUUCUCAUCUUGUAAGUAUAUAAACUUAAGGAUUGAUAGAAAAAAUAUUGAAACCCUUCAAAAAAAAUAGAUCCCAGCUUCAAAAGUUAAACGACAAUAACUUGAGGGUGCAUUUAAGUUUAAUGUUAAUGUAAAGAGAAAAAUCAUUCGAGCCAAUUCAAGAAUUAAUAGAUGAAAUGAUUGAUAAGAUUUGCGAGUAAGAAUUAAGAGACGGAUUGGUAUCAAAUAAGGCGUUGCUCAAAAACAUGCAUUAAUUACCUUUAGAAAAAUAAAUGGAGAUUUUAUAAUAAGAAGCGCAAAUAUUAUAAUGUAUACAGCAAUAGAUAGUUUGGCCUGAUCAAUUGGAAUAAGUGAUAAUGGAAUUGGAAGAUGAUUUGAUAAGAGUUUAAGACAAGAAUAUCAAAUAACUUAAUAAGUAUGUUUUUUCUUAAGUUUUAGUCUUGCAGGACAUUUGGAAGAAAUCAAUAAAUAAUUACUAUAUGAAUAUAGCAUUAAACAAAUCGGUUAAUUUACAUUAAGAAUUUCGAGAAACCGAGUUCAACAUCAAUAGAACGAAUUAGAGAAUCUAGAAAAAUUGAUCAUACAUUAUUAAGAUUAUUAAGCAGCAGAGUCUAUGGGAAAGGCCAUAUAUAAUCCAGAAAGUAAAAAUUUAUGUAAAUCAAAUAGCAAACCUUGUGACGGUUACUUUCGAUUCAUUUUUAAGCAGAACUCCUAUAGAUUUAAAACUGGAUUAAUUUCAAAAUUUCUAAAGACUUCGAGAAGUGCAAUUAGAGUUAAGCGUUUAGUAAUAGGAAAUAUAAGAAGAGGCAUAAACUAUGGUUUCGAUUAAAACUGAAAUGUGUCAUAGUUGUAGAUAAAUGAUAGAAAUAACCAAUUUAUAAUAAUGUAAAUACAAUCAUGUAAAUAUGAAUUUACAUUAAUACAAUGAGGAAAUACUGAUCUAAUAGAGAUAUGCAAUUACCUAAAAAUAAAUGCAAUAAUUUUACAUAGAUCUUUAUUCUGCUAAUUAUAUUAUAGAAAGUAAAUACAAAUAUUUAUUAUAAGAUAAUUAAAUCCAGUGUUAAAAAUAUUUUUGUUUUAAAUGCUUGAAGUAUGAAUUUGAUUAAUAUGAUCUUUCUGAGCCCAACUGGAUUUGCCCUUUAUGCAAGGUAUGCAAUUUUAUGCUAUUUAAGGGGUUAUGCACAUGUAUUAGAUGCUAAAGAACUGAUUCUAUUUACAAAUUGAAGAGAACCUUUUUGGAAAUUGGAGGUAACUUAGAUAACAUGUAUUAAUAAUCGAUCUUUGAGAUGUUACUUGAAAGCAAAAGAAAACUAAUUUAAAACAUUCCAUUAGAUUUCAUAAAUAUUUAAAAACUACAAUCAGAAAAUGAAGAGACACUUACUCCAAAAGGUUUAUGUUAGAGCAAGAAUAGGAUAAACAAAAAGAUCAAAAAAAAGAAAAGUAGUGAAACUACAAUAAUUGGAAAAACAUAAUCAAUCAUUAUGGAUACAUCAUCAUCAUCAAUUAAAAUCAAGAAAAUAAAGGAAUAUAAGCGACUUAUUCCUAAUGAAAGUACUAUUUUUUUAUAAUGA